AUGUUGCAAGAAUUGAACGAGUUAUGGGUAUCGUUAUUGGAGAAAGCUUAUAUGAAAGUGAUGGGUGGAUAUGAUUUCCCCGGAUCUAACUCGAGUAUCGAUAUGCAUGCGUUGACUGGAUGGAUCCCGGAGCGAAUCGCUAUUCGACCGGACCCGAAAGAGUUCGAUGCGGAUGCCGUUUUUGAAAAACUACUUACGAGAUUUCAUAAAGGGCAUUGCUUGAUCACCCUGGCAACUGGCAAGAUGUCACAGAGUGAAGCCGAUCGUACGGGUCUUGUUGAUACACAUGCUUAUGCAGUGUUAGAUCUAAGAAAGGUUUCGAACAAACGAAUGUUGAUGGUGAAAAAUCCGUGGACUCAUCUGAGGUGGAAGGGUCGUUAUUCGGAGAAAGACACCGCCAGUUGGACGGCUGAGCUUCGUAAAGCACUCAAUUACAAUCCAGCUGACGCACAACAAAAAUGGUCAGCCGGUAUGGGACCCGUAAAAGAUCUUUAUAGUGUAGCUGAUAAUCCACAAUACUCGUUGGAAGUGAACAAUAAAAGUGGUUCGUGUGCGAUUUGGAUUUUAUUGACGAGGCAUAUUACUGAUAAGGCAGAUUUUGCUGAUAAUAAAGAAUUUAUAACGGUGAUGGUUUAUAAGUCGGGCAAAAAGGUCUAUCUGCCAUUUGAUCCGAAACCACUAAUGGAUCCUAUUCGUAUCAACAGUCCACACUAUUUAUGUCAAAUGACUGUCAAAGAAGCAGGUAUUCACAACUAUACACUGGUCGUUGCUCAGCAUGAAAAGUUGAACACCAUUUAUUACACACUGAGGGUCUAUUCGAGUGCGGAAUUUCGUCUUCAAAAAAUGAAAGUUCCAUAUACAAAUAAGAAAAGGGAGACUGGUGAAUGGAAGGAUAAAACGGCUGGUGGAUGUGGGAACGGGCCGAGUAGAGAGACGUAUAAGUAUGAAAUGAAUCUGUUUUUUAUAUAUUUAGUCAUGAUGAUAUUUCACUGA